CAUCAAACCACAUUUGUCUGUCUGCAACUUCACUGUCUCUCUCUCUCCUUCUCUUUCUCUCUUCUUCGUUUCUAGAUUACUUCUUCUCGUCUUCCAAUGGAAUCUACUCCGCCGCCGGAUGAUUGUUCCGUUAAGGUUGCUGUUCACAUCAGACCACUCAUCGGCGACGAAAGGAUUCAAGGUUGUCAAGAUUGUGUCACUGUCGUUACCGGUAAACCACAGGUACAAAUUGGAUCACAUUCUUUUACAUUUGAUCAUGUAUAUGGUAGCUCUGGUUCUCCAUCUACCGAAAUGUAUGAAGAAUGUGCUGCCCCGCUCGUUGACGGUUUAUUUCAAGGCUACAAUGCUACGGUUCUUGCUUAUGGACAGACGGGUUCGGGUAAAACAUAUACAAUGGGUACUGGCUGCGGAGACAGCAGCCAAACCGGAAUCAUCCCUCAAGUUAUGAACGCUCUUUUCAACAAGAUAGAGACUUUGAAGCAGCAGAUUGAGUUUCAGAUUCAUGUUUCUUUUAUCGAGAUUCAUAAAGAAGAGGUUCAAGAUUUGCUGGAUCCUUGCACUGUUAAUAAAUCAGACACUACUAACACUGGACAUGUUGGCAAGGUAGCACAUGUCCCUGGGAAGCCACCAAUACAGAUCCGAGAAACAUCCAACGGUGUUAUCACACUAGCAGGAUCCACAGAAGUAAGUGUCAGUACGUUGAAAGAGAUGGCUGCUUGCCUUGAUCAAGGGUCGGUCAGCAGGGCUACUGGUAGUACUAACAUGAACAAUCAGUCCAGUCGUUCACAUGCCAUUUUCACUAUCACCGUGGAGCAAAUGCGCAAAAUUAAUACGGAUUCCCCUGAAAACGGUGCUUACAAUGGGAACUUGAAAGAAGAAUAUCUGUGUGCCAAGUUGCACCUAGUAGACCUUGCUGGUUCAGAACGAGCAAAAAGAACUGGUUCUGAUGGUUUGAGAUUUAAGGAAGGAGUUCACAUCAACAAAGGCCUCCUUGCACUUGGUAAUGUCAUCAGCGCGCUCGGAGAUGAGAAAAAGCGUAAAGAUGGUGCCCAUGUUCCUUACAGAGACAGUAAACUUACACGGCUUUUGCAGGAUUCCCUUGGUGGUAACAGCAGAACUGUGAUGAUAGCUUGCAUCAGUCCGGCAGAUAUUAACGCAGAGGAAACACUUAACACUUUGAAAUAUGCAAACCGUGCUCGAAACAUCCGGAAUAAACCUGUUGUUAAUAGAGAUCCUGUGUCUAGUGAGAUGCUAAAAAUGCGCCAACAGGUAGAAUACCUGCAGGCAGAGCUCUCCUUACGGACCGGAGGAUCCUCAUGUGCAGAAGUCCAGGUUCUUAAGGAAAGGAUUGCUUGGCUUGAAACUGCUAAUGAAGAUCUUUGCCGCGAACUUCAUGAGUACCGUAGCAGAUGUCCUGGUGUAGAGCAUUCUGAAAAAGACUUUAAAGACAUACGAGCUGAUGAUAUUGUUGGCUCUAUCAGACCCGAUGGGCUGAAAAGAAGCUUGCACAGUAUAGAGUCAUCCAAUUACCCCAUAGUUGAAGCCACAACAGGUGAUUCAAGGGAAAUAGACGAAGAGGCAAAGGAGUGGGAGCACAAGCUCUUGCAAAAUAGUAUGGACAAAGAGUUGCAUGAACUGAACCGCCGUCUAGAGGAAAAAGAGUCUGAAAUGAAGCUGUUUGACGGCUAUGAUCCGGCUGCCUUAAAGCAACAUUUUGGAAAGAAAAUUGCAGAGGUGGAGGAUGAAAAGCGAUCCGUUCAGGAAGAGAGAAACCGUUUGUUGGCUGAAAUUGAGAACCUUGCUUCUGAUGGUCAAGCACAGAAGUUGCAAGAUGUGCAUGCUCAGAAUUUAAAAGCUCUUGAAGCACAGAUUCUAGACCUUAAGAAAAAGCAAGAGAGCCAGGUUCAACUACUGAAGCAGAAACAAAAGAGUGAUGACGCGGCUCGGAGGUUACAGGAUGAAAUCCAAUCUAUCAAGGCACAAAAGGUUCAGCUACAGCACAGAAUGAAACAAGAAGCAGAACAGUUUCGACAGUGGAAAGCCUCCCGGGAGAAGGAACUUUUGCAGUUACGGAAAGAAGGGAGAAAGAGUGAGUAUGAAAGGCAUAAGCUGCAAGCUUUAAAUCAGCGCCAGAAAAUGGUUCUUCAGAGGAAGACAGAAGAGGCUGCAAUGGCUACUAAAAGGUUGAAAGAGUUGUUGGAAGCUCGGAAAUCUUCUCCUCGUGAACAGUCAGCUGGUACAAAUGGCUUUGGAACAAAUGGUCAGACCAAUGAGAAGUCAUUGCAGCGUUGGCUUGAUCAUGAGUUGGAAGUCAUGGUGAAUGUGCAUGAAGUACGUCAUGAGUACGAGAAACAAAGCCACGUACGAGCUGCGUUGGCAGAAGAGUUGGCUGUUUUAAGACAAGUAGAUGAGUUUGCAGUGAAAGGAUUAAGUCCUCCUAGAGGAAAGAAUGGCUUUGCUAGGGCUUCAUCAUUGUCACCUAAUGCAAGGAUGGCCCGAAUAUCUUCACUUGAGAACAUGCUUGGUAUAUCUUCUAAUUCUCUAGUAGCAAUGGCAUCACAACUUUCUGAGGCAGAAGAACGGGAGCGUGCCUUUACAAACCGUGGUCGCUGGAACCAGCUACGAUCAAUGGGAGAGGCAAAGAAUUUGCUUCAAUAUAUGUUCAACUCUCUUGCAGAAACAAGGUGCCAAUUAUGGGAGAAAGAUGUAGAAAUAAAAGAAAUGAAAGAUCAGUUCAAAGAAAUUGUUGGCCUUCUGAGGCAGAGUGAAUUGAGAAGGAAAGAAGCAGAAAAGGAGUUAAAAUUGAGGGAGCAAGCGGUUGCAACUUCACUAGGAACCCCACCAAGUUCAGUCAAACAUUUGGCUGAAAACCCGACACCUUCUCCAAUGACCGUGCCAGCACAGAAACAGCUCAAGUUUACCCCAGGGAUUGCUAACGGAAAAGUGAGAGGAUCGGCUGCAUUUCUUGAUACAAACAAGAAGAUGGUACCGAUGGGACAGGUAUCGAUGAGAAAACUAUCAGCUGUAGGAAAACAAGGUGGGAAACUUUGGAGGUGGAAGAGAAGUCAUCACCAGUGGAUCGUUCAAUUCAAAUGGAAGUGGCAAAAGCCAUGGAGACUCUCUGAGUGGAUUAGGCACAGUGACGAAACACUCCUCAAGGCUAAACCCCGACUUAAGGCUCUGCCUAAUAAGAUCAUGUGAUUAAGGUUCUUACCGUUUUCUGAGAGAAUCUUUUAGUGUCCAAGCUCUCUCUGCCUGUGAGUAUGAGACUUUUAUGGAAAGGAUCAUACAAAUGGGUGCAGAGACUAGACUUGCUGCCGUGUUUCAUUUGGGAGGAAAACUCUUAAGGUUUUGUGUGAUAUUGGAAACUUCGUUAUUAGGCGUGUGUACCGCAUUAAGGAGAACCACCAGGACGAGCGGCAGGUGCUGCUGAUUGCUUGUUGUAGCUAACAGAUAGCUGAUGGCUUUUUAGGAGUCAGAUUGUUCUUUUCAUGUUGAUAGAAUUGACAUCUUAUACAUCACUAAAGGAGCUGAUGAGGAAAUAAACCUCAUCCUCAAGUUGCAGAUAUUUGUAUGAACAAUACCGGUUUUAUUUGUUCUUUGGUUUGUUGUAAAUGAUUAAAUAUUUGUUUAGUGU